AGCACAGGAGCAGCGCCCCAUCCAAAGGUCGUCAGUGAACAAGUCAGAGACCCCUGUGCCCUCCACAAGCUCUCAAAGUCCACCGUCCACACCCGGCAAAUACCGGCCGAAUUCCUCGCUACAAUCACUGCUUAAUCGGCAUAUAUACAUCUCCGAGAUUCCACUACGACGUACACCAAGGCGGGCGCUGGGCCGGCCUGCCGUCCAUCUAGCUCCCCAUGGCAGACGAGUGGUGGAGCUCCGCACGAACCGACGGCGCGUCGGCCUGUUCGACGGCUCCGGCCACGGACCUGAUGGACGUCGCCGAGUCGGCGACGAGUGGGACUCCGGUAGAUUUCCAGCCAGGUUUGCACGGCGCUGCCACGACCGCCUCCUCCUCCUUCCUCGCUGAUCCAGACAUGGGUUGGACGCAAACCUACAUGGGCGGCGGGAGGACGACUGCCGAGGCCACCACCAGCUUCAACGCACUGCUUCAACUCCACGGCGACGCGAGCCGCCACUUCCUGCUCGACCAGCCAUCAUCACCUUCCGUGCUGGACCAGUAUGAAGUCGACGGCACGGCGCCCGUGGCAUCUGCAGCAUCACCGAGCGCGUCCCUGUACGGGGACAACCAGUACUCCAGCUCGGCCAUGAGUUACGGGGACACGCCGGCAGCCCCGAUGACGAAGCCGUUCUCGCAGCAGCAGUUCUCCGGCUUCCUCGUCUCGUCGAUGGGGAGUUUCGGGCCCGCUGCAGAGCCGCCGCCGCUUCUCUUGCAGGCCCUAGAGCCCAAACGUUUCAAGUCCAAUACGGAACCUGCUCAGGACGCAUGCUCCUCGGUGACGAGAAGAAGUGUUCCUGACUCGCCUGCGGCGGCGAAGAAGACCCGGAUCGAGACGCCGUCUCAUUUGCCGACCUUCAAGGUGAGGAAAGAGAAGCUCGGGGACAGAAUCACUGCGCUCCAGCAACUGGUCUCGCCUUUUGGAAAGACAGAUACCGCAUCGGUUCUUCACGAGGCCAUCGAAUACAUCAAGCUCCUGCACGAUCAAGUAGCUUCUCUGAGCUCUCCGUACCUGAGGUGUGGACGCCCUGUGAAGCUACAACAACAACAGGGUUUCUUGUCAGGCGGACGGCAGCGAGGCGAAGGAGGACCUGCGAAGCCGAGGGCUGUGCCUCGUCCCGGUGGCGAGCACUUACACGGUGGCGAGCGAGACGGCGCCGGAGUUCUGGCAUCCUAGCUUUGGGGGCACAUUUCGGUAGAGAUAGAGACAUGCGUGCAGUAUUUAGCUCUAGGUAGCUAGCUAGGCAGGUAUUUGUGUGUGUGCUAAUCAAGCAAGGCGUUCUUAUUUCAGUAAAACUCAGUGUUGAAACAAAAGCAAAAUCUAAGCGAUCAGCAAUGUGUAACUGCGAGAUUGAAUUCGAAUGAGGGUAAACUGAAAGAAACUGCAGUAACUAGGAUACGAGCCUUUAUUAGAGAGGUUAAAUAAUAUGUAUAUAAUGUUGGGUAGGUUCAAAAGAGAAUGAUAUGCUAUUACGUAGUAAACAACUUUCCAAAGGAAUAAUGUUAUCGGUUGUAUUAAUUUGUCUUGACAGGUUGGGGGUGGAGGAGAAUAUAAUGUUGGAAAGGUGCUAAACUUGGGAGCAACAGAGAUGUCAGCUCUAUAAGUAUGGUCGGGAUGAAGUUACCUAAGGGUUGCACUAGUUCACUGCUUGUGAAAUUAUAUCGUGUCUUGGUCAUCGCUUCUUUUACUAAAAGAUUGUGUCAACGAACAUCUUAGCCACUAAAAAUCUGGGCCAAUUUUCCACGAAUGCUUUUGUCUCCUAGUUUCAUUCAAUUUGUGGCGCAU